AUGGCCAAGACCGUUCUCAUCACCGGAGCCUCGGGCUUCAUCGCCACCCACACCAUCGAUGCCUUCCUCCGCAAGGGCUACAACGUCCGUGGAACCGUUCGAUCUGAAAAGUCCGGCUCCGAGGUCCUCAAGACCCACUCCAAAUAUCCCGGACAGUUGUCUCUGGCUAUUGUGCCGGACAUUGCAGCCCCGAAUGCGUUUGACGAAGCCGUCAAAGGCGUAGACGGAAUCAUCCACCAAGCAUCUCCAUUCAUCUUGAAUGCCACUGAUUUCGAGAAGGAGUUGUUCCAGCCUGCCAUCAAGGGCACAACCACAAUUCUUGAAUCGGCACAGAAAUACAACCCAGAUAUCACCAGAGUGGUUAUUACCUCGUCGUUUGCCUCUGUAGUUGAUGUAAAUCAGGGCCUACGCCCCGGAUAUACCUAUACUGAAUCUGACUGGAACCCGGUUACUGCUGAGACGGCUGGAGCCAACGGUGUCGUGGCAUAUCUGGCCUCUAAGACUUUUGCUGAGCGCGCUGCUUGGGAUUACGUCAAAGAUAAUCAGCCAAAAUUUGAGCUUACUACGCUGCUGCCACCUAUGGUCUACGGUCCCCUUGAUCACCACGUCGACGAUAUGGCUAAGCUGAAUACCUCCUCUGCUGAUAUUUACCGACUCUUCAAUGGCUCCGAGAAGCAAGUACCCGACACUUCUUUCUGGGCUUUUGCUGAUGUCCGCGACCUUGCCGAAGCUCACGUCCAGGCUUUUGAGAGGCCCGAGGCUGCAGGCCAGAGAUAUCUUAUUGCCAAUUCAUCAUACAGCUACCAGAAGAUUGUUGAUAUUAUCCGUGACAAGUUCCCCGAAUUGCAGGAGAAGACUCCCAAGGGUGACUCUGGGGCUCAGCUCCCGCCUGUCUACCGGCUAGAUACCUCCAAGGCGACCAAGGAGCUCGGUAUGGUAUUUAGACCGCUGGAGGAGACAAUUGUGGACACUGUAACCAGCUUGAUCGCGAUUCAGAAGUCGAUCUCAUAG